ACCAACCUUGACCUUGUUGUAUUUUCUUGUCAACCUAUUAUACAUAUUUUUCUUUUUGGACUUAUUUUAUUUUGUAAAUAUAAAUCCGCCACCUGUCCUGCUCAGCUUUAAAGUCCACUAUACCCGAAACAAAACCAAACAAAACGAUCCGAAAUCGGCCCCCAUAAAGCGUCUCUCUCUCACUCAUCUUCACUUCUGAAACAAAACCAUCAACAAAUGCCACCCUCUUUUUCUUCACUCUCAGAUCUCGCUUUUUCGAUUUCUUAGCUACCCGUCUCGAAAAUUUUCACGCUUUUUUUCGUUUUUUCUAUUUUUAUGGCGGCUCUUCAGAGAUUCAAGUUCUUGGCCACCCAAUGCGCCGUCGCUAGCAGCCCAACACGGAGCCCGACUACCAGUCCAGUCAUCCACCUUCGCCGCCGUAAGACACUCCGGAUGCUACUUAACCGCCGUAGAUUCGCUCGCCCGGAUGACGAUGACUUGAAACGAGAUAUCGCCGAAAAAUCGCCCGAGAUCAAGAACAAAAAGAUUAGAGCCAAAUUGAAAGAUUUGUUUGUCUCGUCGCCGCCGUUUGAGGAGAGAGUUUCAGAAAGUGUAGAAGAUCGGGCAGGGCUUUUACCUAGUACUGGGAGUGUCGGUAGCGGCGGUGGGUCUGUAUCUCGUCGUGGCUCGACUGGUUCGCUUAGGCCGAUAUCGGCGACAUUUCGUUAUCGGUUAUUGAGAAGAGCUUGGCGACCUGUGCUUGUCACUAUUCCUGAGUAACGGUAGAAAAUUAGUAAGUCUGUAAAAAUUCACGGAUAAAUGGAAUAUUUUUGUUAAUUUUUAUUUUUUUCUCUUUUUCUUGGAGAGCAUCUGAAUUCAUCUAGGAGGCUGCAUUGGAUGCUACUUUCAUAUAUGUAUUUAAUUUUUACCCACUGAUUGUACCAUGGAAUCAUUUGAUAUUUGCCACAUGCAUAGCAAUAAUAUUUUAUUAUAUUUCUACUAA